AUGGCCUUCUUCCUCCAAAACCCCAAUGUAGGGGAUACCAAUCACCUCGAAGAUUCAAGAAUUCUUGGCUACAACCCUCUAACACCACCCAACCUUCUACAACAUGAGAUCGCCCUGACAGAAACUGCCCGGAAAACGGUUCUUCAAGGCCGAGAUGAGGCCAGCGCCGUUGCUCAUGGCACUGAUACCGACAAGCGCCGCCUCCUCGUUGUCAUCGGACCCUGCUCGAUCCAUGACCCGGAAAUCGCCCUGGAAUACUGCGACCGAUUACUGAAGUUGAAGGAGAAGCACAAGGAUGAGUUGCUAAUAGUCAUGCGCUCCUACCUGGAAAAGCCCCGAACCACCGUCGGCUGGAAGGGUCUCAUCAACGACCCGGAUAUUGACAACAGCUUCAAUAUCAACAAGGGUCUGCGUGUUUCACGCCAGCUAUUUGUCGACCUGACGAAUAAGGGCAUGCCCAUUGCCAGUGAGAUGCUGGACACAAUCUCGCCCCAGUUCCUCGCGGACUGUCUCUCCGUCGGCGCCGUCGGCGCACGAACAACAGAGUCCCAGGUCCACCGGGAACUGGCCUCGGGUCUGUCGUUCCCCGUUGGCUUCAAGAACGGCACGGAUGGCUCGCUAGAUGUCGCUGUUGAUGCCAUUGGGUCUGUUAAACACCCUCAUCACUUCCUGUCGGUUACUAAACCCGGUGUUGUUUCUAUUGUCGGCACCGUUGGCAACCCGGAUUGUUUCGUUAUCCUGCGCGGUGGCAAGAAGGGCCCCAACUACGAUGCUGCUAGCAUCACCGAGGCGAAGGAGAAGCUCAUCGCCAAGGGCCUUGCUCCUCGUCUCAUGGUCGACUGCAGCCACGGCAACUCGGAGAAGAACCACAAGAACCAGCCCAAGGUCGCCGGUGUCCUUGCGGAGCAAAUCGCCGCAGGCGAGACCGCGAUCAUGGGUGUCAUGAUUGAGAGUAACAUCAACGAGGGUGCCCAAAAGGUCCCACCCGAGGGCAAGUCCGGUCUCAAAUACGGCGUCAGUAUUACCGAUGCCUGCAUCAGCUGGGAAGACACCGAGUCAACGCUAGAGACACUCGCGAAGGCCGUUGCCACCCGGAGAGAGAAAUUGACCUCCAAAUAG